CCACCUGUGCGUGAAUGAAGCGUACUUUUGUUUAGUAUGCGCGCGCAUCGACUAUUCAACAUCGUAUCGAUUAUACAUUAUUCAUAUUUUUUUUCUGUGUUUGUGCUUCAAUCCUGCACUUUAAUGCAAAAAAAAAAGAGGCGUUCGUUGUGUCUAGACGCACGCCGAGCCGCUUCAUUAUGGAUAACAUAACGCGUUAAAGGCACCAUUAGGUGUGCAAACAGGGUGCAGAGAGCGCAACAAGCAUUCGGCAUUUACUAGGGACUUGAAGGGGGGGGUGGUCGUAAAUUGUGCAGCUAUUGGCAAAGCUGUAAUAAAGAUAAUGUCGCGAAUGACCUCUGUUGACUGAGAGGCUGUCGUUUCAUCAUCGCUGCACAGUCUCCUGCAGGCUUCCUCUGGUCUCCAACAACAAAACAUAAAAAACGCCACCGCACAGCCUCAUGAGUCGGCCUGGUGAACUUCCAUCAUGGAUUUAACAAAGGUGGGCAUGAUCCAGCUGCAGAACCCCAACCACCCCACGGCGCUCCUCCACAAGGCCAACCAGAUGCGCCUGGCGGGGACGCUGUGCGACGUGGUCAUCAUGGUGGACAGCCAGGAGUUCCACGCCCACCGGACCGUGCUGGCGUGCACCAGCAAGAUGUUCGAGAUCCUCUUCCACCGCAGCAGCCAGCACUACACCUUGGACUUCCUCUCGCCAAAGACCUUCCAGCAGAUUUUGGACUACGCCUACACCGCCACGCUCCAGGCCAAGGUGGAGGACCUGGACGACUUGCUGUACGCAGCCGAGAUCCUGGAGAUCGAGUAUUUGGAGGAGCAGUGCCUGAAAAUCCUGGAGACCAUCCAGUCGUCGGACGAGAACGACGCGGAGGCGGGCGCCAACGACGGCAGCACGGAGGAGGACGACGAGCGCAAAGGCCACAAUGGAGUCAAGAACUCCAAAAAGCAUUCCAUGGAGAGUUUCUACCUGUCGGGCGCGGACCACGUCUCCGCCAUGUCCGGCAUGCUGGACCAGAGCCCGUCCGUCUCCACGUCCUUCGGCGUCGCCAACCUGAGCCCCACCAAAGCCGCCGUGGACAGCCUGAUGAGCAUCGGCCAGUCCCUGCUCCAGCAAGGCUUCGGGGGCGAUCACAUCAACGCCCACCACCUCAUGAGCGAGAUCAAGACGGAGAUGAUGCAGGUGGACAUGGGGGGCAACGGCCACCACAGCCCCCACAACAUGGAGUCCGGCGGCUCCAGCAACGGCGAGAGAAGCGGGGAGGACCGGAACCGAGACGGGCCGGGGACGCCCACCAGGAGCAGCGUCAUCACCAGCGCCCGCGAGCUCCACUACCUGCGCGACGACGGCAUGGGCGACCCUCAAGCCGAAGUCAGCCAGAUGGGUCUGGAAGCCAUGGCCGGGAUGGCGGAGAAACACCUGGCCUCCCUCUACUCCCUCCCCGUCAACCAUAAAUCCGACGCCAUCAUGUCCAUGCCGGUCUCCAUGGCCUCCGCUCUGCCGAUGUCGCCCGCCUUGGCCAUGUCGGUGGACUUCCGUGCCUACGGCGGACUCCUGCCUCAGAGCUUCAUCCAGAGGGAGUUCUUCAGCAAGCUGGGCGAGCUGGCGGUGGGCAUGAAACCCGACGGGAGGAACCAGCACGAGCGCUGCAACGUGUGCGGUGCGGAACUUCCGGAUAACGAGGCUGUGGAGCAGCACAGGAAGAUGCACAGCGGGAUGAAGACCUACGGCUGCGAGCUGUGCGGGAAGAGCUUCCUGGACAGCCUCCGUCUACGCAUGCAUCUGCUGUCCCAUUCAGCUGGCGACAAGGCCAUCGUGUGUGACCAGUGCGGCGCCCAGUUCCAGACCGAGGAGUCCCUGGAGGCCCACCGGCAGAUCCACACCGGGUCGGACAUGGCCAUCUUCUGCCUGCUCUGCGGGAAGCGUUUCCAGACCCAGCCGGCGUUGCAGCAGCACAUGGAGGUCCACGCCGGCGUCCGCAGCUACAUCUGCAGCGAAUGCAACCGGACCUUCCCGAGCCACACUGCGCUCAAACGCCACCUACGCUCGCACACAGCCGGGGACCACCCGUACGAGUGCGAGUUCUGCGGGAGCUGCUUCCGCGACGAGAGCACGCUGAAGGGCCACAAGCGCAUCCACACCGGCGAGAAGCCCUACGAAUGUAACGGCUGCGGCAAGAAGUUUAGCCUCAAGCACCAGCUGGAGACCCACUACCGCGUGCACACAGGUGAGAAGCCAUUCGAGUGCAAGCUGUGCCACCAGCGAUCCAGGGACUACUCGGCCAUGAUCAAGCACCUGCGCACCCACAACGGCGCCUCGCCCUACCAAUGCACCAUCUGCCUGGAGUACUGCCCCAGCCUGUCGGCCAUGCAGAAGCACAUGAAGGGCCACAAGCCCGAAGACGUCCCCCCUGACUGGCGCAUAGAGAAGACCUACCUGUACCUCUGCUACGUCUGAGAGGGGCUUUGGAGAAGAGAGGUGGCGGAGUGGGCUUGGAUGGGGGGGGGGGGGGGGGGUUGGAGGAGGAGAAUGUAUCGGAGGCUGCGUUGACGACGUGGAAGCGUCCAAAGACUUGUCUUGCGAAAGCGGCAAACGACGACAGAAAGGAAGGUUGACGCGUCCGCCGUGUAGUUCGGAAUCAUCGGGUCAUUGCCCCACCUUGUGUUGUUACUGUGUUAUUAUUUCAGGUUGGCAGGGAGGCGUUGCUGCUAGCAGUGUCGGCAGAUUCUCAAGGGCUAUCUGAACCGCCAGCAAACUGGUCGUAGAUUCCUUCGUCGUCGUCCGCUUCCGUUACCUGUCACAUAAAAAAAAAAAAGAUGUGAAUCUUAAGAAGUUCAUCACAGUGAUGGACCGCUUUGUGUUUGUCGUAGUUGCGGUCGGCAACUAAGAACGUCUCUCGGCAGAGGCCGGGCGAUUUUGAGUUGUGUACUUUCUAUGAAAUUUAGAGAAAAUCUCCGAAAAUACCGCAAAUUUUUUUUUUUAUUAUCAUAUAGUCUGAGCUGCGUGCUCCGCCCCCCUCCACAAAAGUUUUGUGGUAAUCUCUUAAAAUGUUUUGUUGUUUAUCCUGCUUAAAAAGUGUUCAUGCAUUAUUCACUGAAAAGGUUUAAGGAAAAUGUCAAAAAAGUGCCCUUACGACAACAACCCCCGGAUGCGCACCCUUGCGCGUAUCCGCACCGAAAUUUGAUUUGUUCUUCCUCGGCCUAUGUCCUACCUUUAUGCAAAGUUUUGUCAUAAUCAGUCAAGUCGUUUUUGCGUAGUCGGCAAAAAAGAAAACUGAGUCACCCUCAAAAAAAACGUACGUUUUGAAUUGUAGCAGUGUCUGUUCUGUUCGUGUUCAAACAAAACCCCAAUUUCCUGUGCGUCGGUAACUAGAACGUCACUCCGACUUCGGGUCAAAUUAUCAAUUUUGAUACACAACCCUUCCUUUUACUUACGUCUAAAUUUCAUGCAUUAGUUGUUUAAGAAGGAAAAUGUGUAAAAGUGCCCUUACAAUAAGAAUUCAAUGUAGUCAUUCCGUAUCUGCACCAAAAUUCAAUUGAGUCUUCCUUAAUUUAUGUUCCACCUUUAUGCCAAGUUUGGUCGAAAUCGCUGAAGUCGUUUUUGCGUAGCGCGUACAAACAGAUCCAAGUUCCUGUUCCUGUUAAAAUAAAAGCACAAACUUCCUGUCACUCCAACCGACCAAGGCCGAUUUGAACUGCUUCAAUCAUAUCCACACCAAUUUUGAGUUUGUUCUUCCUUGACCCGUGUUCCACCUAUAUACCAAGUUUUGCGGAAAUCAUCGAAACAGUUUUUGUGUAGUUAACAAAAGACAAAGUGCUUAUGAACAAAUUGAACUCCUUCUCCCUGUUCUGUCACUCGACCAAAUUGUACAUCAAAUAAUUUUACCUAUGCAUGAAUUUUCUUCAGUAUGUCGCUCGUAUAGUUCACUCGGUGAUAAAAAUAAAAAUAAAUGAAAAUGUCUAAGUGCCCUUACAACAAAAAGUCCUUAUCCGCAUCUAUACCAAAAUUGGAUAAAUUCUUCUUUGACUUUGUCCUACUUUUUACGCAAAGUUCCUGUUCCUGGUCGGUUUAUGUUCAAACUUUUUGGUGGGGACCACUGGAAGGCCAGACCUCAGCCAAGGCCAAAGUUGGAUCAAAUUGUACAUCUUUAGAAAUGCUCUAUAAACAUAUGAAAGUUCCUGUUCCGGUUCCUGUUCACAUGACCACAACCUCCUUGAUGGACUGCAUUGACUGCAGACCUUCGCCAAGUUGAACGACUCGUAUUUGGAUCAAAUCUUAUCCUCUUAGGAUCGUUAGAAUCCUUGAUUAGGUAGGACCAGGUCUAAAAGUGCCCUUACAACAAUUCCGCACCAAAAUAAAAUUGGAUCUUCCUUGAACAAAUCGUACUUCUUUUCAUCUUCCGAUCUUCACAAUCUUUGACUCGGUGAUUCAAAAGGAAAAUGCCAAAAAGUAUCCUCACAACAAGAAUUCCAAAUCGGCACCAAAAUUUAACUGGUUCUCUUACCACUUUACUCAAAAAGUUGUUAUUGCGUAGCGCCUCUAAACAUAUGAAAGUUCCUAUUACGGUUCCUGUUCACAUGACCACAACCUCCUUGGUGGACUACAUUGACUGCAGACCUUCGCCAAGUUGAACGACUCAAAUUUGUAUCCUCUUAGGAUCGUUAGAAUCCUUGAUUAGGUAGGACCAGGUCUCAAAGUGCCCUUACAACAAGAAUUCCGCACCAAAAUAAAAUUGGUUCUUCCUUCAACAAAUCGUACUUCUUAUCAUCUUUCGAUCUUCAAAAUCUUUGACUCGGCGAUUCAAAAGGAAAAUUCCAAAAAGUAUCCUCACAACAAGAAUUCCAAAUCGGCACCAAAAUUGAACUGGUUCUUCUUCCACUUUACUCAAAAAGUUGUUAUUGCGUAGCGCCUCUAAACAUAUGAAAGUUCCUGUUCCGGUUCAUGUUCACAUGACCACAACCUCCUUGGUGGACUACAUUGACUGCAGACCUUCGUCAAGUUGAACGACUCAAACUUGCAUCAAAUCUUAUCCUCUUAGGAUCGUUAGAAUCCUUGAUUAGGUAGGACCAGGUCUCAAAGUGCCCUUACAACAAGAAUUCCGCACCAAAAUAAAAUUGGUUCUUCCUUCAACAAAUCGUACUUCUUUUCAUCUUCCGAUCUUCACAAUCUUUGACUCGCCGAUUCAAAAGGAAAAUUCCAAAAAGUAUCCUCACAACAAGAAUUCCAAAUCGGCACCAAAAUUGAACUGAUUCUUCUACCACUUUACUCAAAAAGUUGUUAUUGCGUAGCGCCUCUAAACAUAUGAAAGUUCCUGUUCCGGUUCCUGUUCACAUGACCACAACCUCCUUGGUGGACUACAUUGACUGCAGACCUUCGCCAAGUUGAACGACUCAAAUUUGUAUCCUCUUAGGAUCGUUAGAAUCCUUGAUUAGGUAGGACCAGGUCUCAAAGUGCCCUUACAACAAGAAUUCCGCACCAAAAUAAAAUUGGUUCUUCCUUGAACAAAUCGUACUUCUUAUCAUCUUCCGAUCUUCAAAAUCUUUGACUCGGCGAUUCAAAAGGAAAAUGCCAAAAAGUAUCCUCACAACAAGAAUUCCAAAUCGGCACCAAAAUUGAACUGGUUCUUCUACCACUUUACUCAAAAAGUUGUUAUUGCGUAGCGCCUAUAAAUAUAUGAAAGUUCCUGUUCCGGUUCCUGUUCACAUGACCAUAACAUCCUUAGUGGACUACAUUGACUGCAGACCUUCGCCAAGUUGAACGACUCAAAUUUGUAUCCUCUUAGGAUCGUUAGAAUCCUUGAUUAGGUAGGACCAGGUCUCAAAGUGCCCUUACAACAAGAAUUCCGCACCAAAAUAAAAUUGGUUCUUCCUUGAACAAUGGAGAGUCCCGGUCAUAAACUGGAACGUUCCUGGUUUUUCCUCGAUAGCCCCUGAGAAUCGGCAGAGGAGGCGUUGGGAAUAUGCAGUAAAAGUCCUUGAACUUGUUAGUUCGGUUGAUUGUUGGGGACGGGGGCCGGGGGGGGGGGCUCGUGCUGCUUUGUUUUGCCCCCUCGCCCCCCUUGCCCAUGCCACUCAUCCGUGGUCUUCCCGGUACCGCGAGGUACCAUCACCCCCGACCCCCUCCCACGAGGAGGCCAAAGGCUGACUUAUUUUAUAUUUUGCGUUUCGCCAUUAUCGUACUUCCUCAUAUCACAGCUUCAUUGCACAGGUUACCACGACAACAGUCUCUGUUGGAUGGACGCUCGUGAAGCCCGGCAAUAACGAAACCGGGCCGCUCCGUUUGUACGCUCGUUAUCUCACACUAACCGCCACACGCUUUGCCAAGAACCCGUAAGGCCGCUCUCCAAGUAGCGAAUGUCGGAACGUGAAAGACUCGCCUGGCUGGUGUCGGGGCAGGAAGCCGGGGAUUCCCGACUUCCCUUAAAGGCAUCGGGAAGGAAGCGAGGGUCGGAAUCCCCGAUCGGACGACAAAGACGACUUAAAUCGACUCUUUCUCUGUGGUUUCAUCGCCUCUUCUCCUUUUUUUUCUUCUCGUGUGAACUCAGACACAUCGUACUUGAAUUACCUCAUUUUGUGACCUCAUCUCUUUGUUCGGAUUUCCCACCUUUUGUCGAGUCGGAAAGAUGCAUUGCACAGCGUGAUUUUUUUUUUAAGUGCCGCAGUGAUGAGACUUAUGUUAGUAUGAGUGUUUCUUUUUUUCUUUUUUUUGUGUGUGUAUUAUUACCAAACUUGGUAUUAUUAUUGUUAUUAUUAAUCCCGUUUGUUAAAGAGUCGGAAGGUUGUUUUUUUGUUGAUGUUGUUGUUGUUGUUCUCAAAAAAGCUACCUCUCUAAGUUCAUGUUUUGGCAAAAAGCACGUUUUUUUUUUUCCAUCCUUGCUACUUCAUCUCAUGCUUCAUGUUUAGGUUUUAAUACUUUUUUUUCCUCUGAAAAAGUUGAUUUAAAUGAUUGUACAUAAAAGGUGACGAUAGUAGAAGUUGGGUGGGAUUUUAGGGGCGAGGAAGAAAUGUCGGAAGCCUUAAAAGUGACGAAGAGGAAAGCAAGGAAGCACUCGUGCUCAGUUCAAGGGCGUACGAAAGCACCCAAGCAGUGAAACUUGAACAUAUGUGAAUAGUUUUGUAAUGUGAAGGCACCGGAUGGAAGUCGGUCAUCUUUUGUUUCUUAGUAAAUCAUCCAAACAAAAGAAAACAACGGAAAAAAACGAGCCAACGGAGGCAAUUUGAUAUCAAACAAAUUGUGAUAUUUUUGUAUUUCGUGUCAAGUCUUUGUUUUUUUUUGUGGCGAGUUAAAGCAGGGCACAAAUAUUUGUAUUUUUUGGUCUUUUUCCCUGGGUGUGAAUCUCUUUUUUUUCUUUCUUUUUUUUGCCUUGCUCCACUUGGUUAUGGUGUAAAAAAUAUUGUAAGAAUACAAAUAAUAAUAUUAAUAAUAAUAAGUGUUGCUUUCUGGAUGUCAAGUGUAGGUGAAGGACUAAAUCUAACCACCUUUUUCUUUUCUUUUCUUCCAAUUAUUUUUUUGUCGUCGUUUAUGUGACAAAGAAGAGAGAAAAAAAAACAAAUUAGCCGAACCAAUAAUUCACCGUUUUCUCAAUCAAACUUGACUGUGGGCGUAUUAUUUUUGUGUUUUUUUUGUACUUGAAGUUAUAUAUAAAAAAAAAAAAAAAACGAAGGGAUGGUGGCGCGUCUUGUUGAUGUCUUGCCAUUGGAUUCUCUCUCGAACACUGUGAGCCCGAGGGGGCGGGGCUUUUUUGCCGUAACUCCACCCACAAAUACAAUAACAAACAAGAGUAAGACACUCCCACGAUGCAACACUCUCGUGACCCCCGGCCCCUUCACCGCGUCAUCGUACUCUGAAUGUUUUCUACGUUUUUUUCGUGCGGGUGAUGGGAGUGUGUCGCUACUGUGUGUGUGUGUGUGUGUGUGUGUGUGUGCGCGUGUGUGUGUUUUAGUGGGAAAAUGCACUAAUCAAAAAUAAAAUUCUAUUCUAUGCCACUGUUUUUUCUCUAUGUUGGUAAAAGAUACAAAAUAUAAACACGUCGGCAUCGAUGUCGUUCUCCCCCCCCCCCCCCCCUACGUGUUCCUCUUGUGUGCCUAAAAAGAAUCCACGUGAACAUUUUGCUAAGAAAUUUCAAAAUAAAACGCCAGCACCCUUGGGAUGUCAUGACACUCAUACAUGACCUCUUUUUUGUUUUCCAUCUGAGGGCUGUUAUGCUAUGAGAAUUGCAUUUGAAGACAUUUAAUUAAAAAAAUACUUUUUUUAAAUAAUCAGCAUGAGAAGACACUUAAUGCAUUUUUUUUUUGUUUGUUUUUUGUUCUUCAAACCAGCAACAGGUUUGCUGUCUUAACAAUAAUGCGCUUGAGAACAAUGGCGUUUUAAAAAACAAAACAGACAGGAGCCUAUAGUACUUUUUUUUUUUUUAUGUUUAAUGUUAUUUUUCUACAUGAUGCAUUUAAGGGGUGUGGGACAAUAGGGACUCAUGGCAUCCCCCGGAGUUGGCACUAUUGCGUUUUUUUUUUUUUUUUCUGUGGGUUUUUUUUUCACCCUUCCGGUUGAGUCGCCAUUUCACAUGCCAUUGAGGGUUAGAUGUAAAAGUGGGGAAAAAAAAAAAAAAGAAAGAAAGCACCGAGUAUUUUUCUAACUUAGCACUGAGGACCAACAAGUUUGCGUGACGAAGCUUUUUUUUUCUUUGCUUUUUUUUCUUCCCCCCCCUCUCUUUCUAUGUCGUCUUUGGCUUGUCUGUGCUACUUCGCUCCCCCUCCAUUGUAACGACAGCACAAGUCGCUCUGUAUUAUUAAGAAAAUUAAGAAAGAUAGUGUUUUUGUGUUGUUGUUUUUUUUUAUUAUUAUGAUGAUGAUUUGAAUUGUUAUAGUUUUGUCUACCUCAGCACCUAAUCUUAGCCUAAUUUUAGAAGGUGCCCAAUUAUUAUUUUUAAAAUUGUUUUACUUUGUUCUCUCAUUGUUUUGUUUUUCGGGGAGGGGGGUGCUUUGCAAAAAAAAAAAAAAAAAAGGUUCUUUGUCUUUUCCAGCGACAACGUGCUAUUUUUCCCCCCCUGUGGCCGUUUUCAUAUCUAUAGCCACCGCCUGUUGAUAUAAAAGUUGUUUUUGUUUCCAUGUAGAAUCAAACACAUCUCUUUGUAACAUGUUAGUGUUCUCUGAUGGAGUGUGAAGAAAAAAAGAAAAAAAAAAAGGACAAUAAAAGAUUUAAUGCUGCAGGUCCUUCCAUGUUGUCACUAAAGUUAAUGUUGUGCCUUUUUGAGGAUUUCUUCUUCUACUGUUCUAACAGUGUGACUGUCGUUUUGUAGUGGAUUCUUUGGAAAAAAAAAAAAAAAAAGGAUUUAUGGGUCUCGUAAUUUAAAAAAAGGGGGGGGGAAAAUGUUCAAUUGUACAAAAAUUGCAGUCAGAGGAAAUAAACAAUGGACUUUAUGUCAAUUGUCUUUACUUUGUUUAAGAUAUUACUUGCCUACUAGAGAUGCGCGGUUUGCGGACACAACCGCGGAGUCCGCGGAUUAUCCGCGGAUCGGGCGGAUGAAAUUAAAAACAAUAAGAUUUUAUCCGCUCGCGGGUCGGGUCGGGUGGAUUAAUUAGAUAUUUUUUUUAUUUUUAUUUUUUUUUUGCGGGUGGCAGUUA